AUGGUGUCACAUCUACGCCGCCCUAAUCCUUGCGCUCUGCACUGUUGUAUGCAAAAAGUUCCCGAUACCGUCCGGGACUUUGACGCGGGCUCCGGCCUGCUAGCAAUGAGCGCGUUGAUCAGGGUUGUGAGGCGGUUCCAUCUCCUGACCGGCGACCUCCGUCGCAUUGCCACCAGCAUGGACAAGCCCACCGUCUCGGGGUUGAAAGCAUUGCGGAACGAGUUGGUAGCCCUCAUCAAGAAGCAAGUCCCGCUCAUACGGUCGGGGAAAAUCGUUGUUGAUGCCGACGCCUGUGACGACGACGGCGAAGAAGUCCAUUCUGCAUCCGUAGCAGCAGGGGUCGCCCCGAACAUUGCUGAUGCGCGUGGCAAGUCGAAAGUCGGCGUCGACGAGGCCGAUGCGGUCGUAGGAAAGGGGGUGACCGGGACUGAGGUUGUUCACGGGGAUGAUGAUGGGGUCCAGGAUCGCGAGGAGGAACGUGAGGGUGAGGGGGGCUCGGAGGAGUCGUCGGGGUCGAGGUCGGGGUCGGGGUCGGGGUCGGGGUCGGAGUCGGAGUCGGAGGAGGAGCAGGAGCAGGAGCAGGAGACGCAGGAGCACGAGAGGCAGCACCAGGAGGAGCAGUUGGUAGAGGUGGAGGACGUGGAAAUGGCGGAGGGGUACGUUGUUGGAGGAGCGGAGGAAACGGGUGGGAGAUCGGCGGAUGUCGAGAACGACAAAGGGGAGGGGAAGGGUGCGACAGCGGAUCUCGGCGAGGUCGGCGUGGAGGCGGCUCACGGAGGUGGUGGCAUGGUCGAGGUCGGUGAAGGGGUUAACGCCGCGGUCCCGAAGAAGAGGGGCGUGGAUGUGCAUACCGAUGCCACCGUGGAGAAGGCCGGGGGGGAGCGGUCUAGGAGGAAGAAAGCGGCGAGCGGUCAUCCCGGUUCCACCGCGGCUGGGCGGCAAACGCGGCUGGACGUCGUCGAUCAGCUGAGAGCGGAGAACAGGCGAUUGCGUGCAGACAAUGCACGCCUUGAACUGCGGCUCGGUGAGCAGACGGGGCGGGUCGACAGCUUGGUAGCGGCAUUAGCUGGGCUCCUCGAGAAGGUGAAGGGUUUGACCGCCCAGGUCGCCGACACCGACCGGAAAUCGGAGGAGCGCCUCAAAGAGGCCACGUCGACCAUGGCGACCACAAUCACCGAGGGCCUCACCGACAACAUGGACAGCGCAAUUCAAUCGGCCAAGUCCUUCGCCGAGCUAGCGAGGCAGAUGCUGCUGGAUCUUAACGGCCCCAAGGGACGAGCGGCGGUCGCACGCGCGACCGCGGUGAAGACAUUGACCGAGCACGUGACGGCUGAGGUGGGCGAGGCGAGGAAGGGGUUACCGUCUGCUGGGCGACCUGCCGACGUCCCGCGCCAUGCCGACGAACCGUCUGCCGACAAGGUUGGCCGCGCGGGAAAAGGGGCGGCAGUUGCGGACGCGCUCAAGGAGCAGCUCAGGCUCCUAGCCAGCCACAGGGCUGUUCAACAGCCCCCCCCUGCUGUCGACGUCCCAUCAGCCAGUGUGCCACGUGUAGUGCUGGUCGUCGCCGCCCGUACUCCUACAGACCCAAAGUCCGCGUUGCUGCGCGCCCAGCUGGGCGCACUAGCGUCGACUGCGAGGACUCAUCAGGCUUCUGGCUGUGGCGCUAAGCCGUCGUCGGCGAAUGUCGCACCACCCACCCAUGUGGCAGCUGAUGUGGAGAAGGCGACGGAGAAGGGCGUUCGUGUCGCGCUUGCCACCGGCGGCGGCGCUGUUGAGGAGCCUUCGGCGGGACUCGUCGGCAUCGCGGCAGAGCCUAGUGCGAUCGGUGAUGCAGUCGGUGAAGGAAAGUCGAAACGGAAGGGGAAGGCGGGCUCACAGAGGAAGACGCGGCAGAAGUCGGAGGUGAAGGCGGCAGAUAAACAGAAGGGGAUGGCAGCGGAGACGGCGGUGGACAAAGAUGGAGGCGGCAUUGCGGAGGUUGAAGGGAAAGGGGAGAAUCAGGAGAAGUCGCCCGGCGAGGAAGAAGAGGAGGAGGAGGAGGAGGAGGAGGAGGAGGAGGAGGAGGAGGAGGAGGAGGAGGAGGAGGAGGAGGAGGAGGGGAAGGGCAAGGAGAGGAGGGGUCAUGGCAUCCGACACGAUACCUCGGGCGACAAGCAAGGGUGGGUCGGCGAGAUUAAGGUGCACGGCAUCAAUCGAUACAUCGGCAAGUCGCGGGACAAGAUGGAGCUCGCGUACGUUAACUCCAUCGCGUACGUCGUCUACGACAGUUUCGUGAGCAAGGUGCUCAUGACCGAGCUCACUGGCUUGGACAGCGCCGAAUUGGAGAGGUGGAAGGAGGUGUGGGAGGAGGUCAAGAUCUUGCCGACAGGGAUGUGGACGGUGAUGUGGGCCCGGGUCGAUGCUAGCACCGCGGAAGGCCGGGAGAAGUCGGCGUCCAUGAUGUCGGCGAUGAUAGGCCGCGUGUCAAUGUGCACUGCGUAUGGUAAGACCGCUGCGGCAGCGGCGAAGAAGGAGGGAGACAAGGAGGAGAAGACGGAUAUGGCGGCAUGGGCGUUAGCAGCAUCCGCAUGCGCUGUGUGGUGCUUCGUCGAGAACUGCAAUGCCCAGCUGGCGGAUGUUGUGGAAGAAGGGAAGUCGGCGGCAAUCAUCGGCGGAGCGAGCCAGGCGACCGCCGAUGUAUUCGGAAAAGUCAUGGAGGCGGUGCUGAACGCCGAGAUGAACAGGGACCGCCCCCUGGGAGAGGUUGCUUACAACGUCGCGCCAACACUCCAGAGGACCGCCCUUGAUAGGGUCUAUCCGGGGGGGAAUGCUGGAGUAGAUGCCGACGUUAUCGCUAGAGCGACGGUUGAGACGAUGGCGUUUUGGGGAAUGUGCCCCGUCGCCGGGCCGAAACUCAGAGCGAAGGACAUCGCGGUGCCGAUUGACGCGCAGAUGAAGGCCGAUCUUGACAACAGGGGGAGGAAGGGUCUGAGGGGCAAGAAGGGGACGAAGGCCAAGGGCGGCAUGGGGAAGAAGGGCAAGAAGGCGAAGAAGGACAGCACGACAGCCUAG